CUCCCGGUUUCCUGCCCUUCUAACCCUCCCAACUCGCGGCGCCUGCGAGAGCGGCAAGAUGGCGGACGGUGACGGCUUAGGUGAAGCAGCAACUGCUGCGGCAUCUCCUCCAGCACCUGCUCCCGGCCUGAGCCCUUCGCUGGGCUGGAGGGAGCGGCUACGCGCCGGCCUGGCGGGCACUGGGGCCUCGCUGUGGUUCGUGGCGGGGCUGGGGCUGCUUUACGCUCUGAGGGUCCCGCUGAGGCUGUGUGAGAAUUUGGCAGCGGUGACAGUCUUUUUAAAUUCAUUGACACCCAAAUUCUAUGUGGCACUUACAGGGACAUCUUCUUUGAUAUCAGGGCUAAUAUUUAUAUUUGAAUGGUGGUACUUCCAUAAACAUGGCACAUCUUUUAUUGAGCAAGUAUCUGUAAGCCAUUUGAGACCAUUGAUGGGAGGAACAGAAAGCAGUAUUUCAGAGCCAGGUUCUUCUAGCAACAGAGAAAGUGAAACCAGCAGACAGAAUUUGUCGGAAUGCAAGGUAUGGAGAAAUCCUCUAAAUCUCUUCAGAGGAGCAGAAUAUAGGAGAUACACUUGGGUGACUGGUAAAGAGCCACUUACAUAUUAUGACAUGAAUUUGUCAGCUCAGGACCAUCAGACUUUUUUCACCUGUGACACGGACUUUUUACGUCCUUCAGACACAGUUAUGCAGAAGGCAUGGAGGGAAAGAAAUCCUCCAGCUCGAAUCAAAGCAGCCUAUCAAGCUUUAGAAUUAAACAAUGACUGUGCCACGGCAUAUGUUCUACUGGCUGAGGAAGAAGCAACAACUAUUGUAGAUGCUGAAAAGUUAUUUAAACAAGCACUCAAGGCAGGAGAAACAAUUUAUAGGCAGUCACAGCAGUGCCAGCACCAAAGUCCUCAGCAUGAAGCUCAACUGAGGAGAGAUACCAACGUACUAGUAUAUAUUAAAAGAAGACUAGCAAUGUGUGCAAGAAAAUUAGGAAGAAUAAGAGAAGCAGUAAAAAUAAUGAGAGAUUUGAUGAAAGAAUUUCCUCCUCUUACCAUGUUGAACAUCCAUGAAAAUCUCCUAGAGUCACUUUUAGAAUUACAGGCUUAUGCAGAUGUUCAAGCAGUCCUAGCAAAAUAUGACGAUAUAAGCCUUCCAAAGUCAGCAGCCAUCUGUUAUACAGCAGCACUAUUGAAGACAAGGACUGUUUCAGAUAAAUUUUCUCCAGAAACAGCCUCCAGAAGAGGGUUAAGCACAGCAGAAAUUAAUGCUGUGGAAGCAAUUCAUAGAGCUGUGGAAUUUAAUCCUCAUGUUCCAAAAUAUUUACUAGAGAUGAAAAGUCUCAUUUUACCUCCAGAACACAUUCUGAAACGGGGUGAUAGUGAAGCAAUUGCCUAUGCUUUCUUUCAUCUUCAGCACUGGAAGCGGAUAGAAGGUGCCCUUAAUCUGUUACAGUGUACGUGGGAAGGCACUUUUAGAAUGAUUCCAUACCCACUAGAGAAAGGCCAUCUAUUUUACCCUUACCCCAGCUGCACAGAGACCGCUGACAGAGAGCUAUUACCUACAUUUCAUCAUGUUUCUGUUUACCCAAAGAAGGAGCUUCCUUUUUUCAUCCAUUUCACAGCAGGACUGUGUUCUUCUACAGCAAUGAUAGCUCUUCUCACACACCAGUUUCCUGAAAUCAUGGGUGUUUUUGCUAAAGCUGCCCUAUGGACUUUUGAACGAGUCAUUCAAAAUCAUCCUGCCCAACUCACAGGGCACAGUGUCCUGGAUGGACCUGCACAGGCAGAGGGCUGUUUCCAGUGGGAAGCCAAAGGCCAAGAUCAAGCAAAAGGGUGACACUCCCUAUGUUCCAGUCCCCAGUCUGCCCAGUGUGAACAGUUAUUAGAAGAUCAUUAGGGUGGGCUACUAAAAGACAGGUGGUUGCUAGAGUCAUUCUCAAUUUUCUCAGGGCAGUACUUUUCUUUAUUCACACACUUUUAGCCCUGGACUCCGCUACAAGCUUCAGGAAGAACCUUUCAGAGAGAAGGCAGGAGUUCAUCAUCACCUUUUCUCCCCAUAAGGUCACCGUUUGAGAUCUGACUCUCACACCCACUUCUCAUUCCCUUUCUAUUUCUCAAACACCCAGCACCUGCAUUGAUUUGCUGGGAAUUCUCUAUUCUCCUGUCUUAACACAUCAAAGGAUGCCUUCUCUCCCCUUUUUUCAACAGGUUGGGGCUACAGAGGGUAGCUGCUACUACAGACAGAAAAGAUUUGGUUUGGGCUGUGGAUGAGCCUGUGGUUUAGGAAGGGCCCCCAAAGGGCCUAUAAGUGAAUAAGGAGGAGGGAGGGCAGCCAGUGGCGAGAAGGGAAAAGCUGGACUGCCCUGGGCUCUGUGUCCUCUGCAACACUCCCCACCCUCUGCCUUUGCACACCCGGCCCUCACCCACAGACUGGAUCACCAGUGGUGACACCAACUCAAACAAACACAAGGAGGGCUGAUGCUUGCCUCUUCUGGAACUCAGCAGGGCUGAUGGGGCCCAUCUGUCCCGGGGGAGGGGUGAGAGGGCUGGUCCACCACUAACAAAUCCCAUGGAAUCAGUCCCCAGCACUGUCCAUCAGGGCAACAGCUUCCAGGAACAAACAAAAUAAACACCCCGGGCUGGGCCUGGCCGGAAAGGGCUGCCUGACGCACAGCCGGGGGUUACACCCACUGCCGCGGUGCUUUGUUUGGAGAAUCAAGACCGUUGGAGUUGGAGCCUGUCCCUGUCUCACCACCAUUCUGCUUCCCCAGUUCAGUCUGGAGGAGUACUGCUCUAGGCAAUGGGUGUUUGUUUUUUUUAACUGGGGCUUGGGAAGAGGGGGGUUGGAUGGGAAUGGGAGACCAGUAAUCCAGCCCUCAUGAGACAGUCUGGAGUGGGGCAGGCCAAGCUCUGGUAAAAAGUCCUUCCUGUGGUCUGACUUAACUCCAUUCUGCUGCAGCCAACAUUAGUCCUUCUUCUUACAUCCUCACUGGGCGUGGGAACAUCUGUUCAGUAUCUAAGACCAGAGUAUAAUUUUCUCUCCUUCUGUCCUUACCCCUUGAAGGAGCUGCUUCAAGAUUCUGCAGAGCAGGGCACUUGUCUCCUGACCAGUGGUCAGCCACUUGUAGUCAAUUUGGGGGCCUCCAGUAAAGCAGCCUAAGGCCCAAUCCAUCCCCCUCUUAAUUCAGCACAUGCCUGCAAAAUGCCUACCGUGUGCCAAGCAAUGAGCUCAGCUCUUAGGGGCACAGAUAGAUUUAAGGCAUCUCCAGCUGAUGGGAUGGUAGAAGGGUGAGAUGCCCCUUACUCUCUAGCUGUUUCCCUUCCAGAAUUUUUACUUCCUCCCAGCUUCCUGCUCCAGAAAGCUCUCCUCACCUGCUUUUGACCAAUUCACAUACUUUCCUUUGACAAAGUGACUUGUGCCAUACUCUAGCCCCCCUGCUACUCAAAAUGUGGUCCCCAGAAGAGCCAUGUAGCAUCUCCUGGGAAUCUGUUAGAAAUGCAGAGCCUCAGGCCCCAUUCCAGGCCUACUGAACCAGCAUUUCUCUAACAUCUCCAGAGGAUUAGGACUACUACUACUCCAGGAAGGCAGGAAUUUUUGCCUGUUUUGUUUACUUCAGUGUCCCCAGUACCUGGAACACUGUCUGGCACAAAGCAGGUACUUAAUAACUAUUUGUUGAAUAAAUACCUAACUGCUCUGAUUUAUCCCCAACUCCUUUCUCCCCCUACUUAGGUAUAAACUUCAUUUCAAUUAUAGCUUUACUCCUUAUUGAUCUUGGCAGCCUAUUUGCAGAUGUUUUAGGUUUGUGUUUUUUAACGAGGUCAGGGAUCCUCUUUUUAUUUACUCUCUUUCUCUCACAGUCCAUAGUGUAUGCGUGUGGUUUAGCUCAGUCUAUGCAGGGCUUUGAACACAGGGAUAAAACCAUUACCCUUCCUGAAUAUCAUAAUGCAAUAUCAUUUACCUGGUACUUUACAAUUCACAAAACAUUUUUGUACCCAAAAAUCCUAUGAGAGGGAGAGAUUGCCAUUUUACAGGUGAAGAAACUGAGGUUCAUGGAGAUUAAUAAUAUCCAGCUCUGUCCAUCAGGGCUAGUCAGAGGAGAACUGGGUGAACAAAGUCCAAGUUUGUUUUCAAUUCCAAGGGUAAGAGAGGCAUAGGAGUAGACCAGCCUGGCUCCAAAAUUGGUUUGAGUUUCUUACUACUCCCUUCCUAUCCUUCACCUUCAUGUGUGAAAUGGGGAUAAUAAUAGUAUCUGCCCCAAUAGAGUAUCAUGUUGGUUGAAGAAGAUGAUGCUUAUAGGUGUUUAGCCAUAGUGUCUGGACCUUAGUAAGGGCUCAAUAAAUGGCAGCUGUAGUCGAUAACUAAUGUUAA